CUCCCAAGUGUUUUCACACACACAUAGCUAUGCAUGUGUGUGCGUACGUGUAGAACGGAGAACGGUGUACAAAAGUCGUUUUCUUUUCUUUUCUUUUUCUGGCGUGGGAAGAAGUUUGUGCCGCAAGUUAGGUAGUUUGUCUCCAGAGUCGCCGGAUUGUCGUCACCUACUUCCAAGAGUUUAAAAUCAUGGCACGAAACGAAUCGUUGGUGGCAAUGAAUGGCACGCAAAUUUCCUAUAUCGGACAUGACUCUAAGGUCAUCCCUGACUUCCUUGGGGACAGGUACGGACGGUUUGCAAAAAGGCUGGAUCUCAGCUUCAAUCAGCUAAGGUCACUGGCGGGCCUCAAAGUGUUCACUGGGCUGGAAGAGCUGGUCGUCGACAACAAUCUGCUCGGAAAUGACCUCCGGUUGCCCAGGUUACCCAGCCUCCACACCCUGACACUCAAUAAGAACCAACUGACUGAUAUCGAAGCCCUGCUGGAACACUUGGCUGACGUGACCCCGGCACUGGAAUACCUAAGCCUGCUUGGAAAUGAGGCCUGCCCCAACCAGCUGGUCAGUCCGGACAAGGACGAGGACGACUACCAAAGAUACAGGUACUUUGUCCUCCACAAGUUACCCCACUUGAAGUUUCUGGACACCAGGAAAGUUACCGUGAGAGAGGUGAUGGAGGCAAACGCAAGAGGAGCGUUUAUGAAAGUGGUCAAACCCAAGUCCGAGUCGGUAUCCAAUGAGCCAAGAUCCGAGAAUAACCCCACGACCUACUCCCCUCUACCACAAGGGUCCAGAGAUGCCAGGAACCACAAAGGUGUGUUUGCGAAGUGUCGCUAUGUCUACUAUGGUAAGCAUUCAGAGGGCAACAGGUUCAUCCGCAACGACCAGCUCUGAUGGACCGACGGACUCCCAGAAAGAUCGAGGGACAUGCAUAUCAUUUGAUGUUGACAGGAAGAAACAUGAAUAAAUCUAUUACUGAAUUUGCAAAGACC